CCAGGAUCCUCAGGCCAGCGCUGUCUGCACACUGGGGAGAUGAAGGUCUCUGCAGCUGCUCUCUCCUUCCUCAUCCUUGCUGCUACCCUUGGAUCCCCUGCCCAUGGAUCCCUGGCUCAGGAAUCCUGGGAUGAUGGCAUUCACCGUCCUGCUGACUGCUGCCCGUCCUAUACACCACGAAAAAUCCGAUGCAGAUUCAUGGAAAGUUACUUUUUAACGACCAGUGGGUGCUCCAAGCCUGCUGUCAUCUUCACCACCAAAAGGGGGCAGCGUGUCUGUGCCAACCCUGAUAAUGCGGAAGUUCAGGAUUGUGUAACGAACCUGAACAGGACUCAACUCGAGGUACUGAGCAAAUUGUUGACUGAAAAGCAGGGAUACUAGGUCCCAGCCACCCAUCUCCAUUCUCUCUUACUUCACCUCCUGGAAGCUUCUUGGCCGGAAUUAUUUUGUCAAAAGCAGCAAUUACUGUUCCGUUCUAGUUAUAAAAACUGUGCAUUAACAAAACGCAUCCAAUUUAACUUCACUUGAUCUUUGAGAGGAAAAAGAAAUGCAGGAAUUGCUGAACUUUG